AUGAACGCGGCAGACGAUGAGAACAUCACUGCCACGUCAUCAUUUCUUCUAUUACAUGAUCUUCUUCUAAACGUCUCAACGACGUCUUCUUCGUCUUCGGAAUCGUCAGAAUCCUCACUUUGGACAACAACGAACAACAACCAAAACGAGACAUUCACUAGCACGAUGUCGUCGGUUCAACAGGAAGAAAUAUGCCGGUUUCGUGGGACAACAGAGAACUACACCAUUGCGGUCACAUUUUUUACCAUCUUCCUUUUAUCAGUGGUGGGAAACUCGGUGGUUUUGAUUGUGAUAAUUAAGCAACGAGCGAUGCGCUCAAUCACCAACAUUUAUCUUAUGAAUCUUGCUGCUUCUGAUAUGAUGCUAUCAGUGGUUUGUAUGCCACCGACACUUGUUUCAAUGGUCAUGAACUCCGUCGUAGUAACCGCAUCUGCCUAUACGUUAGCUGUAAUUGCAUUUGAAAGGUAUUUUGCGAUUUGUAAACCACUGCAUUCGAGGAUUUGGCAAACCAGAUCCCACGCCUACGCAAUGAUCACAUUGGUCUGGGUCAUCGCGAUCGCUGCUAACAUACUCAUGUUAUUCAUGUACGAACAGCAAACGUAUAGUUCGAAUGGUUAUACAUGCGCACCGAUUCAUCCACCGAUUUAUCAUUUUGCUUAUCAGGUCUACAUGACAGUUGUGCUGCUUGUCAUCCCACUUGUCGUGAUGACAGGUCUCUAUGGAAACGUCAUAACAUCUCUAAAAUCAGGAAUCAAACUGGAAAUUGCCUCCGUCGAUCCGCCACUGGCGACAGCCACCACAACAGGUUCCCAAAAAGAAAACAAUCAGAAUCCCGUUUUGUUGAACAAUGUGCUCGUCGGUAGCUCCACCCUAGCUCGUGCCACGUCGUGCAUCGCUCUCAACACGUUUUCCACCUCUUCCCCUGUCGUCGUCUCGUCUUCUGAUUACAGUACACCUCGUUCGAUUCUCAAAGAGUCUAGAAGUCCACAACUUCUUCAGUUACCCGGAAAUUUCGAUGAUUUUCGUCUUCAGUGUCUUUCAGAAUGCCGUCGUUCUAGUGGUGGAGUGUGUUUACCCCCGCCAGCAAUUGUGGCUUCAAUGACUGAUGAGCAGAAGCUAUCCUUCUGGAACAAGUUGUCGAACAAGUUGACUUUCAGUCAGCCGGAUAAAAACGUCUCCCAUCCGAAUUUCGGACAUCGUCGAUCUGACACCUCUGUCUGUAUUGAAAAUCCCAGCUUACGAUCUACCCAUACUCAGAAAAGUGCAAUGGCGAAGCAAAGAGUCAUCAAAAUGCUCAUCGUCGUAGUGAUCAUUUUCUUCUGCUGCUGGACACCAUCCUAUAUUUGGUGGCUCUUGUUGAUUGCUGGGGACUCUUUUCAGAGUCUGAAUCUCUCCGUCUGGAAUAGUGAUAUCAACACAUUUAUCACUCUCCUCACCUACAUCUCCUCAUGCACCAAUCCAAUCACUUAUUGCUUUUUGAAUAAGAAAUUCAGAAAUGCAGUUUAUGCGACAUUUGGAAGGAAAAAGAAUAUGAGACAUCAUUUUCAAAAGGUCUACAUUCCAGUCAACGGUGGGGCUCAAUACACUAACAAAGGAGAGGGGGCUCGUCCGAUUAUUAACAGGUCGGUCUCGUCGACCUUCAUUCCACAACAUCAAGUCGUUUUUAACGACGUUUCAAUUGAUACAAGCAGUUCGGCAAUGAGGAAAAAGGAUGGUGAAAAGGGACAUCAUUUGAUUUCUAGAACGGUCCACGCUUCCCUGAUCCACCAUAACAAGGUUCGAAAAGAGGAGACCGAUGCGAUUUUUUGA